AUGAUCUUCUCAUCAUCAUUCAGCGCUCUAAUCCUUCUAAGCUCUAUGCUCAUUGUAGGCUCGAGCCCUAUCAAACCUCUUGAUCCUGUUUUCAUACGCCGUUCAGAAGGAGCACAUUCAAAGUCCACAAGCGAAAGCCAUACAUCAACAUCUCAAAGUCCUCAUACAUCAACACUUCAAAGUCCUCCAUCAUCUCCAAGAUUGCGUAAUAUAAGAGUACAGACUAUGCCAGUCGCUCAAACACGUGCUCGCCCUCAAAGACAAUCGAAUAACAACAGUUCAGGUUUACGAAGUCCGGUACAACGAUCAUCACCUUUACGCUCCGAGCAUACACUUUCACCAAACUCGGUAUUGAAAGGUUACAGCGCUUUUGAUCAUCAUAUUGGCAAUUGA